AGACGCAGGACGACAAAAGACAAAAGAGGAUGGAUGCGUCCGUUAUCAUUACCAUGUCCUCACCAACAAACUACCAACAACCUCUUGGCCGAUGUGCACCAGACACACUGAGAGUCAUAUACUAGGAACUGGACCUCGAACCAUCUGUGCAUCGUUGAGACUAUCAAAACUCAAACCAACACAGCCAGCUAGUCACCAUGGAGACCCAGACCAGAACACGACCGAAACUGGAGCCAGUGCGGAUUGAACCAUUGCGCCAUGGGUCGCCUGGAAGCACGAGACCACCUCCUCGUUCUCCGCGUCGUCGUCUGUCUAUAUUCGCGCCAGCCCUGAGGACCCAUAGUCUCCCUAGUCCCCUUCAUCCUACCACGCCAGGGCUGGACCAAGGGAUGAGGCGACACGAACGAGCAAUGCUGGACAGUCUCGACCAGCGGAGACCAUCUCAGGCUCGCAGAGACUCCGUUCAGCUGCUGCCUCCAAUCCCCGAGCAAAGUCCACCGUCACGAGAGCGCCCGUAUAACGACUACUCACCUCCUCCUACCUUGGCAGCUCGGACUCGCAACCACCUCCUGUACGGGCUUCCCGAUUCCCAGCUUUCACCUACUAGCACUCCUGCGGGUAUGGGGCGCCGCCAGUCGAUGCCCACGGGUUUGACAUCAGCGUUACCGACAUCAAUACCUUCAGCAGCGCUCCCAUCACCAGUACGAGUCGUGCGUCAGCAGAUUGGUAUAGGUCGACGAAAAGCCCAGGAGCUUUAUGGAAAGCAUAUCUUUCAAGGAUGUUUGGUUAAGGCAGUCGAUCUCCGGAAAUUCAGCGAGAGUUCAGCAAGCGGCGAUAGUCCAGCCCCCCAAGAGGUGGUGAUGGAUAAGAUGGGUCAGAAACUCAGAUACGCUGCGAAAGCAUGGUCGCCCGGAAAACCUCAAGGUCGUCUCAUUACCAAGUACUUUUCCCAGGCAGAGCUAAGAAAGGCCAUUCCAAAAGACGCCCCGGAGCCAUUGGAGGUACCCAGGCAUGCAACAGAUCACCUGAGUCCGAGGAGAGCUUCUUUAAGUACCUCUAAGGAGCGCCGUUUGGAUAAGGAGCAUCGUCGAUUGUCCGCCCCGAUACUAUCAGCAGACCCAUGGAGCGAAAUGGCACUACCAGUUCACUAUCAUUUAGCACGCUACUUCUUCCCGCUCAUUGCUGUAUAUCUGCAGAGCGGGAAUGUCGAACCUGAGGACAUCGUGGAACUGCCGAUGCCUCACCCAAAGGCGUGGUACCAAACCUUCCGCUACGCUUGCACUGAGCAGGGAGAGUUAACCGAUGCCAUCAGGGAGAACAUCACACAUCUAGGAGGGAGGGUGUGAACGGAGGGGACUAUCUCAUUGUGCCUACCAGAAAUGGUUUGUCCAACGAGUAUUGGGCCAUGGAAUAGUCUAGGACAAAAGGAAAGCGGCUCGUUAUCUCGCGCAAUCGAAGCAUCAAUGCCAUAUGAUCCCGGACGGGAACUGUGCAACCACAUUUGUGGCUUUCAUCCUUGUACGUCUUUGUCUGUGAAC